AUGCCGCUGGCAUCGCCAUUAUUUAAUGGCCUGCAUCUAAUCUGCUUCCGGCUUCUCUUUCAGUUCCACUGGCUUUGCAAUCCGCUGCAGGAAUCAAAAUGGAUUGUUGCGGUGACCUUCUGUCAUCUGUCCAUCCUUCUUCGUUCUUCACCCGUACGUAACCUAUCUCGAAAGCGACGUACUCAUGUCCGGCGUAUUUGUCGGUCUUUGUUUUCUUCUACCUGCUCGUCUCUUUGUUUCUCUUCUUUCCUUAAAUACAUUUCUCAAAAUCAUUCUUCCUCAUCUUCUUUAACUUAUUCCUUUUGUUCACUUUUUGCACCCCAUGUCUUUCUCUAUGACUACAUUUAUCUUCCCAUAUAUUUCUUCUUCCUAGACAACCUUUUUUUUUCUUCUUUAUUUCUAGCAUCUUUCGUCAUGCUUUUGUUUCCUUCUCUCAUCUUACAUUUCUCGGCGUUUGACUGA